AAUUUAAGUGUGUUGCAGGUUGUAAUGAAUUUCUAGGGCGAUUGAGAUGAUGGGUGUGGUAAAGUAGAGUCUUUUUUUCCGAUGCACAUCAGAUGCUUGAUAAUAUGUCUGUAUGAAUUUGUGCUGUCUUUUGUAAUUAUGAGACAAUUACAUUACGAAGAUAGGCAAUGGCAACAAUACCUUUUCUGGGAAGAGAAAUGGGAGCUCAAGGAAUUCUUAAGGCAGACAGAUUUCUUGAGGUAUGCCAAAAUGGGAAUCUGAUCCAAGGCAAGCCUUAAAAAUGCAGACAAAAGGAACUACCACAAAAGGAUAGAGCGGCAGGUUGCUUCAAGAAAAUCUGGAAUAAUUAGGUCCCUUUGCUCGGCAUUGGCUUGAGGAGGAAUUCAUGACAGAUUACCAACAAAAUCAAAUCUAACAAAAAGGGGAGUGCUAAAGGAUGCAGAGGAGACUAAGUGCUGUUUUUGCUUAAAAAUGGAAGAGAAGAUCUGUCAUUUAUUAUUGUUUGAAUGUGUCUCAGCUUGGAAAAUAUGGAAUGCUCGCUACUUGUGGUGGGGGAUACAAUCUGUAUUACAUUCAGGAGUUGCUAAUCAGUUUUUGCAGAAUGAAGGGCUAGCAUACAAAAAGAAAUUCAGAUCUACAUGGAUGGUGGUGCUGUAUGCAACCGUGUGGACCCUGUGGACAUGGAGAAAUCAGAGAAUCUUUGGAGCACAGCAAGACAAAGAAGAAGGGAUAAUUGAGCUUGUCAAAUAUAGAUCUUUUUUUUUU